AGUAUCGAACAACGAUUAUGGCGGCACUGCAGAAACUUUUUGAAUCUGUGUUAUAUGGCAUUCGAGAUAGCUCAGUUUAAAAUAAUUGCUUUUUCUAAAAAUAGUGGGACAAUAACACUCAUGUUUUCGUACAUACGAAAUUCGAAGAACCCAAAUCUGUACCAUAUUUUCUGUUUCAAGGCAAACUUGUUAACAAGUUGUCAGAAAGUAAUGUGCAAAAAUGGGCCGAAUAUUUCGUGAGAAUUUGUGUUUUAUGUGGUAUUGGUUAUCCUGUUACAAUGAAUCAACCUGAUUGUAAGAAACUGGGGAAGUAGCGUAACAUGGCCGGGAAAGGUAGAAGUUACCGAUUAGAAACGGAAAUAGAGAAAAGUAGAGAAGAGUCCAAUUGGAAGAGAGUUAUAGAUUUAGCCGAACAACUAAAAUCAAGGGCCCCUGAUUUCGAGCAUUUGGCGAACUUCUUAAUUGGUGAGGGGAAACUGGAGUCGUUUUUAGAGGAAUUUCCCCCAGUUGAUGCAAACAUAAGUAAGGCUCGCACAGGUUUAACAGAGGCCAAACGAUAUUUAUUGAGCACUGCAAGUGAGCAAGGGAAGAAGGCUGGAGUUAUAUUGGAUUCUAAUCUGUUGCUUGGAAAGCUGCACUAUGCUAUGGGAAUGUAUGAAGAGUCACUCAAUUAUUACAAUCAAGCAGAACUUCAAUCUUUUACAGAGAAACAGCUGCCUAGUAGAAGUUUGAGGAUAGUUGCUGAAUCAUAUGCAAUUAAAGGUAUGUGUCUGGAGAAAGUGCGUCCUUCUUCAUCAUCAAAGUACAAGCAAGCUGAGUGGGAUGAGCAGAGAGUGAAGUGUUUUGAAGUGGCUGGGGAUCUCACACUGUUGUACCUUCAGGAGCAGGACAAGUUGCAGCAGCAGCAAACCACAACCAUCAACACAGGCUCAUAUUCACCACAGCCACCAAAUCCUGAACGUCAAAUUGGGCCUGUUUUGGAAACAGUCUUACAGCGAGCGCCAAUCCUUCACAUUCAGACAGGGAAAUUACAGUCAGCUGUUACUCGCUACAGGACUAUGUUAAGUGCGGUUGAGUCCAGUGCAACGCAAAGUUUACGUCUGACACUUACAAGACAACUAGCUGAAGUGUUAUUGAGGGGCGUCAGUGGAACAGUAUAUUCGUGUCCUGAGAAAGCAGGUGACACAACAGCUUCAAACAAAAAAUUAACACAGACGACUCAGACAGCUGACAGCCCAUGGAAGCCUCGUAAAUACACCGGCAUCAACCUCUUCAUUCCUCGGAAUGAAAAUGAAGAAAUCAUCUUAUUGUUACUCAUAAGUGAAGCCAUGGCUGUCCGCAAUGCUGUACUCAGCCAGUCUCCAGAGUUUAAGGAAGCAAGAAUUCAUGCUUAUGAUAAUGCCACUGCCAUCUAUGAUCUCCUAACAAUUGCUUUAGUUCGAUGGGGUCAUGCAGACCUCUUACAUGAGUCAUUUGAGCGGGCCAUGAAGUUCUCAUUUGAAGAGCCUCACAUAUGGAUGCAGCAUGCCUUAUGUUUGGUCACUAUGGGACAAUAUGCCCAUGCUCUCUCAGUCUUGAAGGAGGUUACCAGGCUUCUGCCAACCAGAGUGGUACCUUGUCUUCUGGCAGCACGUAUAUGCUACGAACAUCU